GGGCGGGGGGAACCUCCAGCCAGGCUUCCUGAGCUGCACAGCCACCACUUCCCAGAUAAAGGUAUUGCCUGGAGGAGCCGCAGUAGCUCCCAGGGUGCUGGGAGGGGCCCAGCGCAGCGCCCACGGCCCCAGCACAUGGGUUGCAGGAUGGCAGCCUACCUGCAUCAGGGCUGGCUGCUCUCACUGCUCCCUGCUGUCCUGCUCAGCCUCCGCAGCCCUCCAGCAGCCCCUGAGCCGGUGACAUCCCAAGACGCUGCGCUGUUGGCGGGGGUGCCCGAGGACAUCCUCUGCUUCUCCCGCUCCUUUGAGGACCUCACCUGCUUCUGGGAUGAAGAGGAGGAGGAGGAGGCGGUGAGCAGGAUGUGCCACUUCUACUACUGGUACAGCAGGGAUGCGCCCACGGCAUGUGCGGUGUCCACGUUGCGCCGUGGGGCUGGUGGGACGCGGCAUGUCUGCGUCUUCCCCAGCCAGGACGUGCGGCUCUUCACCCAGCUCCACCUCUGCGUCCUGGACGCCAUCACCAACCAGACCAAGUACUGGCGGGAGCUCAGCGUGGAUGCAGUGGGUCUCAUCGCCCCCCCAGCAAACCUCACGGCCCGCUGGGCUGGGGCUGCAGGGCAGCUCUGCGUGUCAUGGCAGCCACCACUUGCCGACUACGAGAACUUCUUCCUCUACGAGGUGCAGUGCUGCCCUGCCAGCUCCCCAGAGAUGCCCUGCAGCACCGUGUUGGACCCCGGUGGGCAGCACCCUGGGGACCCUUCCAGCCAGCCAGCCAUCAGCACCCACACCCCCAUGGCUGGGGCAGCCACAGCCUCCCUGGGAGCGGGGCAGAGACUGGUCCAGGCCAACACCUGGGUGGUCCUUCGGGACCUGUGGCCAGGGGUGAGGUACCACAUCCAGGUACGCAGCAAGCCUGACGGCACUUCCAUGGACGGCGUCUGGGGGCCCUGGUCGCGGGCAGUGGCUGCAGAGACACCCCGCUCCUCUGGAGACAUCGGGCUGAGCUGCAGCACCCCUGACCUGCAGCACGUGCGCUGUGAGUGGAGCUGGGACCCUGGAGAGCCCCACAGCUCCCACCAGCUCUUCUACCGUCCGCCUCCAAGCGGGGCCAGCACAAGGGAAGACGCGUGGCAGUGGUGCGAGGAGGUGAGCGUGGGGGUGCAAGGCACCCACGCCUGCACCUUCCAGCCCAGGGCUGGCAGCGCUAUCUCCGUCCUGGUGAAUGUCACCCGGCCCCACGCGCUGCCCACGCUCAGCUACUUUAAGGAGCCCUUCUGGCUGCACCAGGCCGUGCUCACAGACGCCCCGCAGCUUGUGCAGGCAACGGUGUCACAGGGCCAGCUGAGCCUGCAGUGGCUGCCACCCCUGGAGGUGCUGGCAGAGCAGCUGGACUACCAGGUCCGCUAUGCCAUGGAGGAGAGCCAUGACUGGAAGGUCCUACAGGUCCCGCGGGCAGCCAGGAAAGAAGUCCUGGACCUACGGCCAGGCGCCCGCUACCAUGCCCAGGUGCGGGCCCAGCCCAGCGGGCCGUGGUACCAGGGCAGCUGGAGCGCCUGGUCCAAACCUGUCGUGGUCGACGCCACGGCCAGUGCGGGCUGGAUCAUCCCGAGCGUUACGGUGGUGCCGCUGGUCUUCACAGGAGUGCUCCUGGGGCUGCGGUGCACCUUCCCUUCCCUCUACAGCAACGUGAAGCAGAAGCUCUGGCCCCCCGUCCCCGACCUGCACCGCACGCUGGGCACCUUCCUCCACGAAAGCAGCAAGCACGGCCAGGCCAACACCUUCUACAAGCAGCCGCCGGAGGAGGCCGUCCUGCCCUGCCUGCUGGAGGUGCUGCCCGGCCCGCGGGGGGAGCCGGGCGCGCCGCCGCCGCCUCCGCCGGAGCACGCCGCCGGCCGCCUGCCCGGCACCGACAUCGCCAACCAGUCCUACCUGCUCAUGAGCGGCUGGGAGCCGCGCGGGCCGCCCUGAGCCGCGCUCCCGGCCCCGGCAUAAAAUGAGACGAGCAAACACCCGGCCUCCUCUCUCCUUCGCGGCGCC